UCGGACAACACUCGUUGUGUGCUUGUACUCUGCUUUCCGAUUUCGUGUUGUUUCCCGGCGGCAUCGCCACUACCUUCCUUUGCUGUGUUUAUCUUGUUGCGACCAUCUCAGUUCAACAAUAACCUCCUCCAGUUAUCACAACAAAAAGCUCAAUAUAAACUGCUGCAUAUUUUGAAAGAGUUGGAAACUGCUAGCAAUGACUCCGCCACUGGCUGUGCGCAAUCUGACAUCUACUCCGAUCGUAAUAAAACGCGUUGAGCGGUUCGAAGAUCCGAAUACAUUACAGUCAAAGGCCAGUGGUCAUUUCUCUGGAUCAAAACAUACUACAUCGAUCGCUCCGUCCGCUCCCCAACUUGGCAAACAUGCAAAUUCUUUCCAACAUCGAGACUUGGACAUCGCAUUGGCACCUUUCGAGUCGUACACGUUGACCCAUCCAGGACAGGAGCAAGACCAAAAUGCCUCCAUACUAUCCAGCACGACACUCCGGCUCACCAUAGAAUCACCAGACGGUGGCCGAUAUCGCAUCGACACAAACCCUUCGUACACGCAAAAGUCCUCGCAAUCCUUCACCCCUCUUUCCCCCAACCCACCAACAAGCUACACAGCGCUCUUCCACCCCUCCAUCCCAACAGCCCACCUCACAAUCCACACCAACCACCUCCAAGACUACCGAAAAUGGAUGUCCACGCUCCCCGACACGCUCCCCCUCUCCGCCCUCAGCAUCCCCGGAACGCACAACUCGCACACGCACCACCGCGCCCUCCCCUCAGUCCGCUGCCAAGUCGUCGAUGUAAAAACACAGCUGGAAAACGGCAUCCGCUUCCUCGACAUCCGCGUCCAGCCCGCCCACGCCACGGACACAACUAAAAAGGAUCUCUACCUCGUGCACGGCGCCUUCCCUGUUAGUCUGACGGGGGCCAAGCUCCUCGCGCCCCUCCUGCAGAUCUGCUAUGCGUUCCUCGCCCGCCACCCCAGCGAGACCAUCAUCGUCUCGCUGAAGCGCGAGGGCGUCGGCGCAGCAACAGACCAGCACCUCGCCCGCAUCCUACAACAGCACUACUUCGCCCCCCACGCCACAAACUGGCACACCAGCAACACACUCCCCUACCUCGGCGCCGCACGCGGAAAACUAAUCCUCCUCCGCCGCUACCACACCGAAGACACAGCAGACCCACCCGGUCUCGACGCAACAUCCUGGCCCCACAACGCCACCCACGCCCUCCUCCCGGAACCCAACAUCUGCAUCCAAGACUUCUGCGAGAUCAUGGUCCCCGCCGCCAUCGCGCUGAAAGCCACGUACGCGAAUGAGCAUCUCGUGCGCGCCGCGGGAGCUAUACAUCAUAUCCCCGGUGUGAAUACGGAUUUGCGACAUCCGGUGCCGAUGGAGGCGCUGUAUUUGAAUUUUCUGAGCGGGAGUAAUUUUUGGAAGGUUGGGUGUUGGCCGGGGAGGAUUGCGAGGGUGGUGAAUAGGGGGGCGGAGGAGUGGGUUUGUGGGGGGUUUCAUUUGGAAGCUGAAGGGGAGGGGGAGGGGAGUGAGGUCAGGAGGGCGGGGACGGGGGAUGGGAGUACCGGGGUGGUUAUUAUGGAUUGUGGUUGA